AUGGCGUCAAAUCCUCCAUUGGUGCUUGUAAUCGUGUUCUUGAUCUCUGCUCUUCUUCUAGCUCCGGCUCAUGGCGGCAGUAACCUUGGGAGAGGUGAAUCACUGUCCGUGGAACGCGCCUCUGACAUCCUCCUGUCAUCCAAUGGCGUCUUUGCGUUCGGCUUCUACAACCUCUCCUCCACCGUCUUCACCCUCUCCGUCUGGUUCGCCGCCUCGGCCGACCGGACCGUCGCCUGGACGGCCAACCGCGACAGGCCGGUGCACGGCAUGGGGUCGAAGGUCACGCUGCGGAAGGACGGCAGCCUGGUGCUCACCGACUACGACGGCACGGCGGUGUGGCAGACCAACUCGAGCUCCUCCUCCGCCGCCGCCGAGAUGACGGACGCCGGCAACCUCGUCGUGAGAGGCGAGGACGGUGGCGUGCUAUGGCAGAGCUUCGAUCACCCGACCGACACGCUGCUGCCGGGGCAGCCGGUGACGGCCACGGCGAGGCUGUCCACGACGGAUGUGGUGCACCCGACGAGCUACUACGCGCUCCGGUUCGACGACCGGUACCUCCUCUCACUGGCGUACGACGGCCCGGACAUCUCCAACAUCUACUGGCCGGACCCCGACGCCAGCAGCUGGAUCAACGGCAGGAUCUCCUACAACGCCAGCCGCCGGGGAGUCCUCGACGACGCCGGCCGGUUCCUCGCCAGCGACAACACCACGUUCGUCGCGUCGGACCUCGGCGCCGCCGGCGUCAGGCGGCGGCUGACGCUGGACCACGACGGGAACCUCCGGCUGUACAGCCUGCGCGACGCCGACGGGAGCUGGUCGGUUUCUUGGAUGGCCUUCCCGCAGCCGUGCGGCAUCCAUGGACUCUGCGGUUGGAACGGCCUCUGCGUGUACACGCCGCGGCCGGCCUGCUCGUGCCCUCCCAGCUACGUGCCCGCCGACUCCGGCGACCGCGGCAGGGGCUGCAGGCCGACGUUCAACUUCACCUGCGGCGGGGAGGGCCGGCCGGCGAUGGACUUCGCGACGCUGCCGCAGACAGACUUCUGGGGCUCCGACCUCAACCUCGUAUCGUCCAUCUCCGUCGACGCAUGCAAGACGACGUGCCUCGAGCUCUGCAACUGCGUGGCGUUUGAGUACAAGGACGACGUCGGCGACUGCUACCUCAAGUCGGCGCUCUUCAACGGCAAGACGUACCCCGGCUACCCCGGCACGGUGUACCUCAAGCUUCCGGCAAGGCUGGUGGCAACAGACGCGCCGAGCUACAACAGCGCCAUUCCAGAUGCCGCCCCCGUGCUCGCCUGCGACGCCGCGUCGUCGCCGGCGGACGUAACGACAAGAGUCCUCUCCUUCCCGGCCGCCUCCGGGGACGACAGCGGAGGCGCGUCGUGGCGCUACUACUACGGGUUCCUCUCGGCGUUCUUCGCCGUGGAGCUCUGCUUCAUCGCGUUCGGCUGGUGGUUCACGGCGAGGAGCCGGCCGGCGCCGUCGGAGCAAUGGGCCGCGGAGGAAGGGUACAGGGUGGUGACCGACCAUUUCCGCAGGUUCACCUACGGCGAGCUGAGGAAGGCAACCAAAGGCUUCAAGGACGUGAUCGGCCACGGCAGGUACGGCUCCGUGUACAGGGGCGUCCUCGCCGCCGGCGACGACCGCGCCGUGGCCGUGAAGAAGCUCAAGCCCACGUCGCCGCAGCAGCAGCGAGAAGACGAGUUCGAGACCGAGGUGAGCGUCAUCGGCCGGAUCAACCACAUGAACCUGGUGAGGAUCCGCGGCGUCUGCUCGGAGCGCCACCGCCGGCUUCUGGUCUAUGAGUACGUGGAGAACGGAUCGCUCGCCACGUGGCUGUUUGGAGCUAGGGAGACGCUGAGUUGGCAGCGAAGAUACAACAUUGCCAUUCGCGUGGCCAAAGGAUUGGCGUAUCUUCACCACGAGUGUCUUGACUGGAUCAUCCACUGCGACAUCAAGCCUGAAAACAUACUUCUCGACGAGGGUUUCGAGCCCAAGAUCAGUGACUUUGGGCUCGCAAAGUCGCAUCAAAGAAGUGAUCACGAUGAUCCAUACUCGUUCAGGAUCAGAGGGACAAGAGGGUACAUGGCUCCAGAAUGGGUCUCGAGCCUUCCGAUUACCGAGAAGGUUGACGUGUACAGCUAUGGAAUCGUGCUUCUGGAGCUGGUUAGAGGGGCCAGAAUGGCUGAUCUUGUUGUGAACAGUGUCGAUGAUGCUGAGACUUCAGUGAGACAGUUGGUGUGGAAGAUCAAGGAGAGGUUGAAGAAUGGCGAUCGGCCAUGGGUUAUUAGUUUCGUGGAUCCUAAGCUGAGUGGUAGCUUCGUGUACUCACAGGUGGCGUUGAUGCUGGAGGUGGCCACUUUGUGUUUGGAGAAAGAAAGGAGCCAGAGACCAAGCAUGAAUGAUGUACUUCAAAAGUUUUUCGUGUCGGACAAAUAAGUUGAACUAAUUGAAGAGAAACAGUCCCGGUACGAUUUGCUUACAUGUAGAUCCAACCGUGCGUGAAAUUCUACAGAUGUUCUCUCACUCGUUGGAGAUAUGCCAAGACAAAGUAAUUAGAUGACAUGGCAAUGCUGCACUUUGUAAACCUCAUGUAAA